AUGAGCUUAGCCCGUCUUACGCGUGAGCGCAAGCAGCUCCUUGAGGCGCAGCAGUUCAGCGGAACGGCGCCUUCCACGAGCGCCAACACAACGGCCGCCUCCGUUAGCUCCUUCAACGCCGCGCAAGGGCGUAUUCGCGCAGACAUGCAAAAGUUGGACGGUGUCAUGAGCGAGGUGAAGAUGGACUCGAUGGACUGGUACGUGGUGCACGUCUCCUACACCCCGGUCCGUGGCAUCUGGCAAGGCGGCACAUUCAACUUCCGCCUUAUUUUCUCCACCGACUUCCCUUACAGCGGCCCAAAGGUGCGCUAUACCGGACCGCGCCGCAUCUUCCACCCCAACAUCGAGGGCGACGACGGCAAAAAGGACUGGGGUGUGUGUCUCGGGAUGCAGACCGAGUGGCGGCCGACGUGCACCAUAAAAGAUAUGGUGGUCGCGAUUGAGAUGCUCUUCGCACUGCCGAACUACGAUGACCCGCUCCCAGGCGUGGCGAAGACAGCCGCGCAGGUUCUGAAAGACGAACCGAGUCGCUUUGAGCUGAUCGCGAGGCGGUGGAUGAGUGGUGACUACAUCGUCUAA